UGCAAUAUAACAACAAAAUAGGUGGAACUUAAGCUUAUUUACAACAAAAUGUCAGAUGAAGAAUAUGGACCAGCUCUUCCUCCAGAGUUACUGAGGCAAAAAUCGAAAGACCAAAAAUUUACAUCAUCAGAAAAAGGUCAGGAUCCAUGUUCAGAUGAUGACAAUGACAGUUAUAUUGGACCAAUAUUACCGCCAUCAUUGAAACAGAAAAAAAUGGAAUCAGAUCAAACACAACCAGAAAAAGAUUAUAUUGGCCCAGUCCUGCCACCUGGCUUUGGACAACAUAAAGCUGAGGAGAAAAAGAACACUGUGGAUAAUAAUAUGAUUGGACCAGUAUUACCCCCACAUCUGCGGUCAGUGUCAGGAUCAAAAACAAUGUCAAGGUCAGCAGCCAUAGGUCCUGCACUGCCACCUGGUUUUAUGAAACAUAACCGUGAUGAGUCUGAUGAAUCAUCUGCGGAUGAAGAAACUAUUGGGCCAUUACCCACAGAAAUGGACAAAGGAGAUUCAACGGGUUAUGAAGCCUACCAGUUUGAAGAACGUGCAAGGAAGAUGAAAGAUAGACUAGAAGGGAAGGACAACAAGGAAGAAAAACUUGUUCGAGAAUCUUGGAUGACUGAGUUGCCAUCCACCAAACUUGGACAAAGUAUAGGACUAAGUGCACGAACUUUCCGAGCCAAUGCUGGACCUGACCUAACAGAUAGGUCUGUAUGGACAGACACACCUGAGGAAAAGGAAAAGAAAUUCAAAGAUGCUGCCUUGGGAACAGGGAAAGGAAGCAAGAGAGAUCGUGAAGAUUACCAACCAUCCAAACGUGACAAGAAGCUGAGAAAGCAAAUUGAGGAAUAUAAUCAAUCCAAGCGUCCUGAGUCUCUUAUGGAAAUGCAUGAGAAAAAGUUGAAGAAGGAAAAGGAAAAGGAAGUCGCCACACCAAAAGAAAGACGUCCAUUUGAUCGAGAUAUUGACCUUCAGGCCAAUAGAUUUGAUGAUGCACAGAAAAAAUCAAUUAUCAAGAAAUCUCAGAAACUGAACUCUAGAUUUGGACAUGGUUCAACAGAAUUUUUAUAAUAAAGAUUUCAUAAUGAA